UCGUGUCGGAACCGUACUAACGUCGUGUAAGUACCUGAGGAUGCUGAGGCUGGACCAUAACUACAUCGAGAGGUUGGAGGAGUGUGAAUUCGCUGGACUGAACAUGCUCAACUAUCUAGACAUUAGCAACAACAAGAUAAAGUCGAUUUAUGCUCUCAGAGUGCUACCAAGCCUGGAUGAUCUGUAUGUAGCGAGGAAUCGAGUCACUGACCUGAUAGGAAUUUUUCACUUCAAACGUCUGCAGGAACUGGAUAUCGCUCACAACCGGCUAUGUAGCUUAGAUGGCUUCCAGGGGCACAUGAGAAUUACAAUCUUGAGGCUGUCUCACAAUCGUCUGUCGGAUGUCGUCAUCGCUGCGAAGCUUCCGUCGUUGCUGGAGCUAGACAUCUCGCACAACCGACUGCACUCGGUCGCGACGAUGCGAGAUCAGUUCGUCAACCUAGAGGCUCUCAACGUGUCCCACAAUAGAGUUAACUCCAUGCAAGACUUGAAAACGUUGGCAGUGAUGCCCAAUCUAGUGGAGCUCUCAGUCAAGGGAAAUCCUGCUGUAAAGGGGCUUACACGAAAAGCUCUUUUGAAAGCUAUACCGAGACUGAUGGUACUAAAUCAGAGAAUUGUUAAAUCGAACGUGGCAGCUUGGAAAAAAUCUACCAGCGACAUGGCUUCUGACGUAUCAGGUGCACACCUAAAGAUGGUAGCAGACGAAAUAGACACUUUGGAGGAAACUACCUUUGCAUAUAAGACAGCUCUGGAGCACAAAAUCACGAGGCUGAGGAUCGCAGCAGCAACUCUACCUGGCCCUCAGCCACGCCCGGAGAUGGAGGAGAAGCCAGAAAGCCUUCCUCGCCUCCGAUCAAGGUCACAGAUGGCCCGCAGCUUCCCGCUGUCGUCCAAAGAUUCGAUGGAGUUCAAUUUUUAGGUACUUUAUUAGCACCUGAUUGUUUGAAUCUGUUCGCCAUUCUUGACAUGUCUUCCGUGCGAGGGAGCCAAACAGUGUUCGUGUACGAGUGCAGAACUGUUACAGCUCUGGCAGCUGUUGGCAUCACUGAAGCUCUUAGCAGAGUUGCACUCUGAUUCUUAGCAUGCCAAACCUGGUGGCCAUGUUGGUUCUGCUGAUCAAUAGAGGCAGUUGAUACAUGCGAGUUACAUUGCGGAUUUGUAUGGGGAUGUAUCCUGGAAUGCACGCUGAAAGUGUGCAAUGUCUGUAGUAUGAGAUUACAUAGCCAUGCUAAUGUAACAAUUCAUACACUAUCCUGUUGUUACUGCCGGUGGUGAAGGUAAUCAACAUGAACUAGAGUAUUGGAAAGUUGGCUACAGAACAAGAUUUAUUUAACUUGCGCAACUUUAUACACUGGCUUAAAUGACAGAGGUGUUAACAUGAACCACCUAAAAACAAAAGGUAUGGGUUAAUAAAGUGCUCUCUGUGCAGAGAUCACUUCUGGAUAGUAGAGUCUACAUCUUUUCUGUAUUGGAGGGAAGAGCGCAGUUGAAAGUUACAAGUUUUAUUAUUUGUGAGAACUGACAUAUACAUUAUCCAUUCUGCAUAGACAAAGACAGUACAAAGACAUUCCAUUGACAUAAAUUUAAUUACAUUAUUGAAAUCCAUCCUUAAUCAUGAAAUGAGCUGAGCAUACCCUGUAGAGAUGAACCUUGCAUAUUGUCUGCACGUGGUCAUUUCUAGCAAAGUUUCUUGCAAAUAGAACAUUUAUAUAAAAUAAUCUAAAUUGCAAAGAUAAUCGUUAUUUCUAGAAUUCUAACACUUGUCAAACGCAACAAUUAUAAAACGCUAUUAUUGGUUACAUUUUAUUUGUUUUACUGGCCAUGCCUGACUCUCUUGCUCUCAGCUUGAGUUUUCACGCUUUUCCUUUGUAAAAAGUUACAAUGAACACAAAAAUUAUUGCUUAAACAUUGUCAUCAAACAAAUAAUGGAAUGUAAGUUCAUUGUUUACAAUUUAAGGUGUCUAUACGUUACUGAUCGUAUGAGCUACAUAGGCCUGCAUAACAGUUUGGCAUAUUAUUAUAUAUAAUUUGCUACUAUCAAAUGGUAUAAAAUACUGUAGUACAGGUUUCAGGGGAAAAGUGAGUAUGUGGACGUCUGAAACAUAUAUUUGUAUAUACACAGACAAUAUAAAUAUCUCGUAAGCAUGCUCGUUUAUUCUUUGUGAUAUGAUUUCGCAUCAUUAAGCUACACUGACUAGCACAAGAAAUAUUACCAUUGUGCUUAUCUCUAGUAAAAUGUUCUAAAAACUAAAACUCUGAAAUUGAAAGCAGGCCUAUCUAGCCUAAGCACGUUAUCUAAAACUUCCAACUACAUUAAAUAUCCAAUAAUGAAGCAGGACAAAUUCACGUAGAUUGCAUCAGCAGCUUUCAGAUCUGAUAUCAAAACUGCCGUUCAUAAAUGGAAAGUGAUUCAUCCCUGCAAUGGUCUACUUCGUCUUAUCUCUAACUAGAUUAAUUCUCUGUACUAGAGACUAUUAGAGUGUUUUAAAAAUACUUAUCAAUUUGGAAUUUUUAUUGGUUUCCAACUAGCUGUCAUAUAUUCGAAAGAAGACACAUAUAUUAAAAACAGUUCACAACGAGGCACUCGUAUGCUCUGCAUGCUGUACAAAGGUGUCUGUAAAAAUAUUAGCACAAUGUUAUAUCUUUUAAUAGAGCGUCACGUAACAGUGAAUAUAGAAAUUGCACAAUGACACUGUUCAAAAUACUCUGACAUAAUUGAUACUAUUAAAACCUCUAUUUGAGCUACGAGUCAAAAAUUAACUGCACUUUUAAAAUAAAACGUUGCGCCAUCGCUGCGUAGAAAGAAUGCAGAUAUAGCGCUGCAUUUGUUUGCUAUAAAUCUACAGCAUCUUUGAAAGACUAAAAGCAGAACUACUGUAACGUCAUAGCAUGAAAAUAUAUGUAUACUAUUUACAUAUGUAAUACAUAUGUUCAUGCUAAUAGUUAAUUGCAACUCUAUUUAUUGCUCCAUCGAAUGUAAUCUAAAAACUAAGGGUAUUGCCAAAGAUUAUUUGUGAGUUAUAUAUAAGAAGCAAGUUUGUUACAACUGUGUUAGAUGCUAGCCUGAGCUGCCACGUAUAGAUUACAUGCAGUAAUUUAGCAAUUAUAUUUGACUAUAUAAAUUGAGCACAAUCAAGAUUCGUUCUCGUUAUAGAGAACUUCUUUGCAUUGUUAGUUUAGCUGAGAGAAAAUGAGGCUGGAGUAAUUAUUACUAGCAAUUAAUAAACUCAUUUAAAUUGCCAAAGGUAAUAUUUCAGAGGUUGUUUUUAAUGUCUCUGCAUAUUCUACACAGUUACAUGGUGUUACCAUGAACGUGCAUGUACUAUAAAGCCAUAAUCUUUCUCUCGCUAAAUGUUUUGGCGAUAGAUAUUACAACUAGUUCAUUAGUUUUAUUGCAGCAGCUUGCAAGCAAUGAGAUUUAGAAUUGCAGAGGCUUGGAACACAGAUGCAGAUAUUUAGAGGUGCAUUAUCUCUUAACGCAAUCAUUGUAUCUAUAUUUCAUCAUGUAGCAGAAAGCAAUGAAAUUGUGCUCUCAUAAUUCUGCGUUGCCUGCUAUAAUAUAACUGCCGUGGAUACAGGAUGUGUCCGAAGCAGGAAGUCGAAAUUAACUUU